AUGCGUGGACAACGCACCAAGGUGCUCCCCUCUGAACUGAACAAGGUGUGCCCCGAGAGAGGAGACGACCCUGUCACACACCCCAGGAAGAUGAGUGACUUCGAGGUGGUCCCCAACCUCCAUCGGAGCAGCAGCAGUGUCUCAAGGAGCAGGCGGAAGGCACAUUUCCCCACCGGCAGCAAUGAAAAGGAAAACCUCAUCUCGUGGAUUCCUGAAAACAUCCGGAAGAAGGAAUGCACCUACUUUGUCGAAAGCUCCCAGACAUCAGAUUCUGGGAGGAUUGUCUGCGAGUGUGGCUAUCUCAGGGAACAGCACCUGGAAGAUGCUACCAAACCUCCCAUCUUCCUGGGGAAGGAAUGGGACCCCAGUAGGCACAUCCAGGAAAUGCCAACAGAUGCCUUUGGUGAUAUUCACUUCACAGGCCUGGGACAGAAGAUGGGGAAGUAUGUGCGUGUCUCCUCGGAUACCCCUCCACGGGUCAUCUACCACCUCAUGACACAGCACUGGGGCCUUGAUGCACCCAACCUGCUCAUCUCAGUCACCGGGGGAGCCAAAAACUUCAUCAUGAAGCCAAGGCUGAAGAACAUCUUCCGGCAAGGACUAGUCAAAGUAGCCCAGACCACUGGGGCCUGGAUCAUCACAGGGGGGUCCCACACUGGUGUGAUGAAACAGGUGGGAGAGGCAGUGCGAGACUUCAUCCUGAGCUGCAGCCACAAGGAGGGCGAUAUUGUCACUGUUGGCAUAGCCACCUGGGGGACUGUGUACAACCGGGAGAGCCUCGUCUGCCCCAUGGGUGGCUUUCCAGCUGAGUACAUACUGGAUGAGGAGAACCAAGGCAGCCUGUCAUGCCUGGACAGCAACCACUCCCACUUCAUCCUGGUGGAUGAUGGGACCCAUGGGAAGUACGGGGUGGAAAUCCCCCUGAGGACCAGACUGGAAAAGUUCAUUUCGGAGCAGACCAAGGUGAAAGGAGGUGUCGCCAUCAAGAUCCCCAUCGUGUGCGUGGUGCUGGAAGGAGGCCCCGGGACACUCGACACCAUCUACAAUGCCAUCACCAACGGGAUCCCCUGUGUGAUCGUGGAAGGGUCUGGGCGUGUAGCCGAUGUCAUCGCACAGGUGGCCAGCCUGCCUGUGCCCAGGAUAACCAUUGCCUUGAUCCAGAAGAAGCUGAGCAUGUUCUUCCAUGACACCUAUGAUCUUUUCACUGAAGGCAAGCUGGUGGAGUGGACCAAGAAGAUUCAAGACAUAGUGCGGUGCCGGCAGCUCCUGACCAUUUUCAGAGAGGGCAAAUAUGGCCAGCAGGACGUGGAUGUGGCCAUCCUCCAGGCCCUGUUCAAAGCAUCCCGAAACCAGGACCACUUUGGUCGUGAGAACUGGGACCACCAGCUGAAGUUAGCUGUGGCCUGGAACAGGGUGGACAUUGCUCGGAGUGAGGUCUUCACAGACGACCACGAGUGGAAGCCCACAGAUCUCCACCCUGUGAUGGCCGCUGCCCUGAUCUCCAACAAGCCAGAGUUUGUGAAGCUGUUCCUGGAGCAGGGAGUGCGUCUCAAGGAGUUUGUCACCUGGGACACCCUGGUUUACCUCUACGACAACAUGGCACCAUCCUGCCUGUUCCACAACAAGCUGCAGAAGGUCCUGCUGGAGGAGAGUGAGCACACAGCUGGCUCCAAGAUGCCAAGAAUCCAACUGCACCACGUCUCCCAGGUGCUGCGGGAGCUGCUGGGCUGCUCCACACAGCCUCUCUACCCCAAGCCCAAGCACAUGGAGCGUCCCCGGCUCUCCAUCCCUGUCCCACACAUCAAGUUGAACGUUCAGGGGUCAAGUCUCCGGUCCCUCUACAAGCGCUCAGCCAGCCGAGUCACCUUCACCAUGGACCCAGUCCGCGACCUGCUCAUCUGGGCUGUGGUCCAGAACCGCAAGGAGCUAGCAGAAAUCAUCUGGGCCCAGAGCCAGGACUGCAUGGCAGCCGCGCUGGCCUGCAGCAAAAUCCUGAAGGAGCUUGCCAAGGAAGAGGAAGAUACCGACACCACUGAUGACAUGCUGGCCCUGGCUGAGCAGUACGAGCACAAGGCGAUUGAUCCUGCUGCAAAGGGUGACUCUGUGGGUGCCUUGCUGGGCACCAAGCUGGCCCUGGAGCUCAGACUUGUCUUCCUGGUCCCUGCCUGGCCAGGCGUGUUCACAGACUGCUACCGCAAGGACGAAGAGAGAGCCCAGAAGCUUCUCACCCGUGUCUCUGAGGCCUGGGGGAAGACAACCUGUCUACAGUUGUCAUUGGAGGCCAAGAACAUGAAUUUUGUGUCCCAUGGGGGUGUCCAGGCCUUUCUCACCAAAGUCUGGUGGGGGAAGAUGUGUGUGGACAACGGGCUUUGGCGAGUGAUUGUGUGCAUGCUGUUCUUCCCGCUUCUCUACACCAGCUUCAUCACCUUCAGGCUGCAGCCCAUGGGCUGCCUGACACGCCUCCGAGCCUUCUUCACAGCACCUGUCGUCAUCUUCCACAUGAACAUCCUUUCUUACUUCACCUUCCUCCUGCUCUUUGCCUACGUCCUGAUGGUUGACUUCCAGCCAUUGCCAUCCUGGCGGGAGUACCUUAUCUACUUCUGGCUCUUCUCGCUGGUGUGCGAGGAGACCCGACAGCUCUUGUAUGACCCAGACGGGUUUGGGGUUGUGAAAAUGGCUUCCUUGUACUUCAAGGACUUCUGGAAUAAGUUGGACAUCUGUGCCAUCCUAGUCUUUAUCACAGGGCUGACUUGCAGGCUGAUCCCAUCGACAUUAUACCCUGGGCGUAUCAUACUGUCACUGGCUUUCAUAAUUUUCUGCCUGCGGCUGAUGCACAUUUUCACAGUCAGUAAAACACUGGGGCCCAAGAUCAUCAUUGUGAAGCGUAUGAUGAAGGAUGUCUUCUUCUUCCUCUUCCUGCUAGCAGUGUGGGUGGUGUCCUUUGGGGUUGCCAAGCAGGCCAUCCUGAUCCACAAUGAGGAACGUGUGGAGUGGCUUUUCCGUGGUGUGGUCUACCACUCCUACCUGACCAUCUUUGGGCAGAUUCCUUCCUACAUCGAUGGUGUCAACUUCAACAUUGACCAGUGCAGCCCCAAUGGGACUGACCCCUACAAGCCCAAGUGCCCAGAGACAAAUGAGGACAACAAGAAACCCAUCUUCCCGGAGUGGCUGACAGUCAUCUUACUGUGCCUGUACCUGCUCUUCACCAACAUCCUCCUUCUCAAUCUCCUUAUUGCCAUGUUCAACUACACCUUCCAGCAGGUUCAGGAGCACACAGACCAGAUCUGGAAGUUCCAGCGGCAUGACUUGAUUGAGGAGUACCACGGCCGCCCACCCGCACCUCCACCCUUCAUCCUCCUCAACCACCUGCAGAUCCUGGUCCAGCGAGGCUUGCUCCGCAGGCCAGCCACACGCCACAAACAGCUCAAAGAGAAGCUGGAGAAGAACGAAGAAGCUGCCCUCCUCUCUUGGGAGAUGUACCUGAAGGAGAACUACCUGCAGAACCAGCAGUGCCAGGAGAAGCAGAACAUGGAGCAGAAGAUACAAGACAUUGCACAGAGGGUUGACGUAUUGGCAGAGCUGCUGGACUUGGACCGGGUAAAGAGGACAGGGCUGGUGGAGCAGAGACUGGUCUUUCUGGAAGACCAGUUUGAGUUUCCUCACCAAAACGAUAGCAUCCGAGGCGAAAAGGUUUAUGGAGAAUGCCCUUUUGACUCCAAAGUGAACAGGAUGAAGGUGGGAAGUGGUGGGACGAGCCCCUGA